AGAAUGUUGAGGUUAGGCUUUAUAAUUUUCGCGGCAUUUUAUGUGGCCACCUGUUUGCCCAUAGAUAAUAAUCAAAGCAUCCUAAUUAACCGCUUGCAGCGAUCUGCUGAAGAUUGUGGUCCGAACGGACACCCUCACCCACCAUUCUGGCCACCACCACCUCCGUUCUGGCCACCAGGACCUCCUCCACCCUGGCAUCAUAGAUUUGGAAACAAUUGGGGACCUGGACCGCAGAAUUUCCCACAUUCUCAGGACAUAAGACAAGAUAAUGAAGAUGAUUUUGGCAAAUUACCAUGUGAUAAUUGCAAUAGUAAUGCCGCCAUAAAUGCGCAAAAUAGAAAUGACUACGAAGAUAAUAAUAUAGACGCAAGACAUUUACACAAGAAAAGACGUUGUCACUUCGGAUCCUGCGGAGGAGGCUUUGGCAAUUACGGAGGUUUUGGAGGCCAUCAAGGUUACGGGGGCUAUGGGGGUUACCAAGGCUACCAGGGCUACCAAGGAGGCUAUCAAGGCAACCAAUACCCAUACCCGCCUAUCAAUAUAGGUAUUAGUCAAUCUCAAUCUUCAGCGUCUGGUGGUUACGGUGGUUAUAACCCUAAUUACAAUCAGUACAAUGGAUACCAAGGCUAUCCAAACCACGGAUAUAACAGACCAUAUAGGCCCUUCUUCGGGAGCGGCUAUGGUCCAUCCAAUAAUCAAUACAAUGGAAACUAUUACUUGGCAAAUACUGGAAAUGGUUAUGGUUUAACAGGAUUCGGAGGCGGAUUUGGAGGCGGUUAUGAUGAACAGUAUGAUGGUGAUGAACAUUAUGAAAGAUCUGCAAGUCAUCCUGGAAUCUAUUUAAGACAAGCUCAGCCUCCUAGUAUAGCGUUCGGUUUCGGCAGUGGCUUCAGCAGCGACAUUGGUGGCAUCAAACAUACAAGCAGCUAUGGAAAUUCAUUCCAAACUGGAAACGCUCAAGCUUACGGCGGUGGUUUUGGAUCAGCUGAUGGGAACACCUACGCUCGCGGUGUAGGAUACGCUCAAACAUACCCUCAAUCAAACUGGAAACCCCAAUAUCAAUAUAGACACACAGUACCUCAAGAUUUCCAGCAAGCAUCCGCCGCUACAUUCAACUCAGGAGGAAGGUCGUAUAACUCUGCUUCCGCUCAAAGCUUCGGCAAUAUUGGAUCAGCUGUUUCCUCUGCUCAAUCUAUCGACGGGAUGGGUUCAGCUGUAAGUGCUGUACAGAAUAACGGACAGUCGCAAACGGCAAUUUCUUCCGUGAACAGUCUUGGACGCAACGGCUAUGACUCCACCAUUGCUACUACAAAUAGUAACGGUCAUGGCUAUGGUACAGCUAUUUCUAGAGGUGAUAACUUAGGAGGAUACCAAUCUGCCAUUUCCUCAACACAAGGGUACGGAAAUCAGGGACAAUUUGCUGUAGCUCAGAACGUUGGUGGAUACAGAACAAGCAAUGCUUACAAUGUUAACCAAGGUUCAGUUCAAAACAGUGUAGCCAUAAACGGGCCAGGCAUUCAAGUAGCACAGACAUAUUCUAAUAAUAACGGUUAUUAUUAA